UUGUGAGGAUUGAACCUGUUGGGUGGGGAAAGAUUUGGAGAAUGAGAACAGCUCUUAUAAUUCUGGGCUUGACCCUCUCUUUGGCUGCUACUGCAAGAGCCAGAACCCGUUUUACUCGAUACCGCUCAUGGAAUUCACGAAUGUACCCAGUGUGGAGAGAUAGUGAUCCCCGAUACAGGGACUGCUGGAAAGGAGGACAGGUAACAUUUGACAUCAAGAAUGAUGCCCCAACCCUGAUAGGAGCCAAAACAACAUUCAAUAUUAAUGUUCUUCCUCCUGGGAAUCAGACAGUGCUGCCUAAUGGGACAGUGGUGUGGAGUCAAAACUGCACUGUUAAUGGAACCCAGUACAUAAAGGGUGAACAUGUUUACCCAGAAUUCAACACUUCCCAAGAAUGGACAGGGUUUUUUCCUGAUGGCACACCAUUCACUACAACUUUGGCUAAGAAACCUCGCUUCAUCUUUGUGUGGAAGACUUGGGGUCGAUAUUGGCAAAUGGCUGGUGGUCCUUCCUCUGCACUCACUAUUGGAACAGACAAUGUAGCACUGGGCUCUUACAACAUGGAGGUGGUUAUUUAUCAUUGCAGAGGAAAGGACAGAUUUAUUCCUCUUGGAUAUGCAUCAACACAGUUCUCUAUCACAGAUCAGAUUCCAUUUGUAGUGACACUGUCCCAGACUGGAGAUGUUAACCAAGCAGAUCAGAGCUUUAUCCAGAAUCGUCCUGUAACCUUCAACGUUGGUGUCCAUGACCCCAGCCAGUACCUCAGUGGGUCUGAUGUCACCUUUACCUGGGACUUUGGAGACAACAGUGGGACACUUAUCUCCCGUCAACCCUCUGUUACACACACGUACCUCUCAAUCGGCUCGUUUAGGCCACAGCUUACGCUGAUGGCUGCCAUCCCAAAUGGCUGUUUUCCAAAUCCAACUGCUGGUGGGGACAUAACUGCAGUGACAGUGGCAUCGGAAGCUCCAGCUGAACAAAUCAUAGCUUCUGUUGAUCCAGCAGCAGCUAACAACUUAGCUGCAGCUACAACUAAUGAUCAGGAGGCAGUAACUGCUGCUGAAAAUCAAGUUUCUGAUGUUCCAGCCACUUCUGAAACAGAUACAGAUGGUAUUGUAGAGACAGAGGGCCUUACAGUUAUUGAUGCUGCAGCAUCUGUCACCCCUCUUGAAGAGGGUGUAGCUGAGUCAGCUGUCACCGAUACCACCGUUUUGGAAGCUGCAGCAGCUGCCAAUGGAGAGACAGACACAUUAGCACCUGCUGCCGAUAUUAUAAUUAAUAUUAUGGCCACUGAAACUACAGUUGUUCAAACAGUGCCAUCUACAGUACCAGUAAUUGAGGGUGAGAUUGUGGAAACUGAAGCUACUCCAAAUGAAGUCAUAGCUGAAGCUGUAAAUAUUGAUACUGUUACAGCUGCUGUUAUUCCUACCACAUCCCAAACAACACAGAAUGAGAUAGUUGGUGAAGGAACAGAGGAAACACAGGCUGCACUGAUUAUUGCAAAACGACAAGCUCCAGAAAUUCCAGCUGAGGAAAACUGCAUAAUUUACCGCUAUGGCUCUUUCUCUUCAACUUUGGAUGUUGUUCAGGGAAUUGAAAGUGUGGAGAUUAUGGAGGUGAGUAAUGUUGCAGUUUUGGCCACCAACUUGGAGCAAAAUGCUGUGGAUCUCACAGUCACCUGCCAGGGAAGCUUGCCAAGUGAAGUGUGCACCAUGGUUAUGGAUUCAGACUGUAUCAGUCCUUUGCAGACGGAGUGUAACGCUGUGACUCCAACGGAGUGCCAGAUGAUCCUUCGCCGUUUUUUUAAUGAUUCUGGAACUUUCUGCAUUAAUGUGUCUCUGACUAAUGAUGUCAGUUUUGCUGUAACCAGUGCAAGACUCAGUGUCACUGUGGAUCCAGGCUCCUCUACAGCAGGUGCUGCCACUGCUGUACUUGGCGUUCUUGUACUUGUCUGUGCUGUAGGCACCAUCGCGUUAACUUACCGGCGAAUGAAGGCAUAUCGUACACUCGAAGAGAACUCAACAGAUGGCAUCGUGGGUAUUUCUGGUUUGAAGUCUGUUCCAAUGAUAGUGUGGAACUUUCUGACAAGACAGGGCACUGGAGAGAGCCGCCCUCUGCUGCAGGGGAGAGUGGUGUGAACACACACACACGUUUACACACACACACACACACAUGCUAUCUUACACUAAACACGAUCCAGACGUACUUAUGUUUGUGUUGAUGUGAUAUUCACAUAAUACAAUUAGGGGCUUUAGGUUUACAAUAGUAUUACAGUGUUAUGACCAGAACUAUAGGAUAUGAAUACAAUGCUGGUUUUAUCCCAGGUGAAAAAGAUGGCUGCCUUUAUGCUGUCUUCAACAUAAGUUCGACCUUAUCUUAAGAGUAAGAGUAAAAACACUGGUAAAAAAAAAAUCAGCCUGCUUCUGAACAUAAUGCAAGGGAUUUAUGUUAAAUGUUUUGAAUAUAGAAAUGUUUUGGCUUAAAUGAUUAUCACUGCAUGCCUAAUACACUCACAACCCCAGAUGCUGUGUUAGCACUGUGUUUUUAAGGAAAUGAAUGAAUAAUUUGAUUGAAACUUUAUGUAUUAUUUUACAGGACUACAACAGUGACUAGUGUUACUUAAAACUAGUGGAUUUAUGGAUUUGCUAAAUAAUUUAUACAGAUCAUUAUGGAUAACAAAAAAUCCUGGCUGAUAAUGAAGAUGUAGUUCAUUUCUGUUAAAAUUAAUGUGCUAUGCUUUUCUCUAUUACUAAAGACA